AUGCCUAUGUCCACCAGUAAUCCACAGACUCUGGUCAUGGAAGCGAACAGCAUGUCCUAUCAGAGCAUGAUCCCGGAGCUUCCGAUGUCACUGAGCUACAUUCCAAUGUCGGUAGCUCCUACACACUCAAUGCUUCUGCCAGCGAACGGAUCACAAGCGACCGAGCACAUUCGUCCCGACCUAUCGGUCUCCAUUGGUUCCUUCGGGAACAACGAGAUAUCGACCGAGCAUAGAUCGGUGGGCAAGAAUACAUGCCGCGGACCAUUUAUAACCGAACAACAGCACUAUACGGUAAUACUCGACGACAUGUUCCCUGGCGAGCUCAUUGCUCAAGGCGGUUCAGCACUCUUCUCAAGACGGAGGCGAGCAGGAUAUAUGCCGACGCCGGACUACCUUCCUGCCAUUGCUGAUCCAGUCUUAUUGAGCGCAUGGCUAUCUGUAAAACUAAAGCCAUGGGGUCCGAACCACUGCUGGGCAGAUGAUCGGUGGCUCGUCAGUCCGCCACGAACGUUCGAUCGUCCUUCGGUCGAAGUCCUGGAACUUCGAGGAGUGGUCUACAGAAAGCUUUUGAACGCUUGUACAUCCGGCAACAUCACACGAGACCCAUACUACCCUGAUGCUUUGAUCAUGAUGAGCUUGUUUGUCUGUCAGACCGACGGUUUCAAAUCGGCCUUGGUCCACUGCGAGUUCUUGAACUGGCUUGCGUACCAACAGAUCAAAAUCGGCGGCUUGGCUAGGGACACAUACAGAACUACUAUUGCGAUCGAUGCAUUUCGCACCGUCUUGGGCCGAUAUGUCAAGGGAGAGUACAUCGAUUCGCUGCAGCGCAUGUUCACAAUGGCUCUACAAGCCAUGCGCAACGGCGUGAUCGAUCUUAUCGACGGACCUUUCGAGCACAUCAAGGAGCCCGUGUGGCGACGAACGCUGCAUCUGAAUGCAGCUGAAUGGUACAGUCGGUACAGGGGAAAUCUACUGGCGAUCACGAAUGUCGCAGAAUCAAUUCCUUACGACAUCGAGAGAAGAAAGAUCCAACGUGUCAUCCGCAAGGCUGUCAUCGACAUGAUUCAUGCACAAACGGACGACCCCGACGCAGAGACGCCAUGGCGACGUUCGAUCAGGCUGCCCGCUGGUGGGUGGUACCUGAACUACAAGGAAGAGCUGCUGUAUGUCAAGGAUCUGGCCGAGUCGGUCUCCAUCGCCGUCUCUUGCCGCUUGCGAGUUGCAACUGCAGGCAACGAGCCUCAUGUUAUGUCGUUACGGUCCCUCGAAUGGUACAUUCGUUCCGCCGGACAGGCACUCAUGCCGAUCUGGGCCGUUGAGCCAGGAUCAGUCUGCUUCGUUCCGGAAUUCUGUGUCGCCGAACGAAGCUAG